UAUAUAUAAAUUUUGGCUACUUUCCAAAAUUAGAAGAUGAGUUCGAAUAUUCCAUAUCCCCUUAUAGAAAAAAUACAUUUUUUUUAUUAAAUAAAAAUAAAAAUCACUGGACUAAAUGGGCAAUUUUACUAAAAAGAACGAGUAUUUAUAAUUUUUUGGACCCAGCUGCCGCCAACUAUAAACUUUACUCUUUCGAGUAAAAGAACCCUAAACAGAGACACAGAGGCAUCGAUUUCCUCUUCAAUCGAAUCCUCCAGAAGCAAUUGCCAAAUCAAAUCCGUCUGAAUCAGAAAAAGACCCAAAAUCCACCAUGGACAAGCUCCUCAAUCUCAAUUCCAAGCGCCAGAGAGAUCGAAAAUGGGAGGACCUAGACCCAGACUGUUUGGCCAACGUCUUCGUCAAAGUCGGAAUUGAGUCUCUGCUCUUGUUCGUCCCCUUCGUCUGCAAGUCCUGGUACAGAGCGAGCCAGAACCCCGUGUGCUGGGAACGCCUCGUCUUCCCAGACAGCGAAGAAGAAGCUACAGACGAUCCAUGGAGCCUCGACGACAAUGCCGCCAAUCUUCCAUGGACCUACGCCAACCGCAUCGAAAGCCAGUCCUUCGAUUACUUCGUGAGGAGAUUCGCGCGCGAGUUUCAAAUCCACUGGAGCCGUUUCUCAAUCCCUAGCUUCAUCAAAAUGGUCAUCAAUCGCAGCGGCGGCAACGCCAAGUUUCUGAAAAUCCCCGGGAUUUGCAGCCACUACGUGAACGCCAUUGAAAAAAUACUGGAACACAUCAGCAAGAACUGUAAGGGCUUCGUUGGGCUGCACGUGGCCUUCGCCGCGAUUGGCACGAGCGAGGCCUCUGCGAUCGUGAAAUUUGUGCCCAAUUUGAAGUACAUGUGCUUCAGGAAGUCGCGCCUGGAGAAGAACGAUCUCGUGAUGUUGCUGAAGGAGUGCAGAGAGCUUGUGCUUCUGGAUGUGAGGGAGUGCGAGGGUUUUGACGAGCGUGAUGAGGAGAUUUUGAAGCUGGCUUCUCAUAUCCCUAAGUUUAGGUGUAAGGGUUCCAAAACGCACGUUUUGAGUGACAAUGAUUUGGAGGUUGCAUAUCGUGAAAUAAUUGAGAUUGAUGAUGAGUGAGGAGGAAAGGCAGAGGAGGAGGUUUAUUUUGAUCGUGAACUUUGUGUAUUGUGAAUCUAAUGAUGCAAAGAAAUGUAAUGGAAUUCUACAGACCAAAAAUGAAUAAAUAAAUAAAUAAAACUGUACUUGUUCUUUUGAUUUUGCUAGUUUUAUUUUAUAUU